AUGAGUGGUCCCCUUGGCGCCAUGAAUAUCGAAAACAUCUUCAGCAACAACCUUGACUUGGAGUCAAUCAACCGGGACAGCGACACACUCGACGCCAUCUUCAUGUCGUUGAAGCUGCCGACAGACGAGGAGGAGGAGGAAGAGGACAACGACAACAACAACUAUGAUAACGCUGACAGGGAGUUCAAUUUGCUGUCGUCAAAGCCCACCAAGUUGGACCCCAGGGCAUUAUCGGCGUUUGAUGGUCUACUGCAGACAAACAUAUUAGAUAAGGCUGACGAUAUCGACGUUCAAGAAUCUUGUGAAAUACAGCGGCGGCGUUCUUCGGCUCCGACAGAAUCUUUGGGGAGCAUCGGCGUUCUUGUGGAUGCUUCACCUCACUCGCACGAUUGUAUGAAUUCGCAGGGAAUAAAAGCUCAACCCUCAAUGCCAUUCUCCCCCUGCAGUGAGGCGGAAAGCCCCCCGACAUCAAAUGUGACACAGAGCCCAGGCUCCGCUGUGUACGCAUCCAUUGCGGCCUCUCCACUUCGUGGGAGAGCACUCAACUUCCGGUCCAAUUUAUCAAAGUUGCAGGUGCCUUUGCCUAUAAUGGAGGAGAGCUCGGUUGGUGUCUUCGUUGGCCAGUUGCCCUCAACGUACACAGAGAAUGACACCGCAGACCUCCUCCGCGCGAUUGGCGCCGACGCUGGGGUUCCAGUCCACGUGGGGGAAGUGAAGAGCCACACUGUGAGUCGUACCUGUGCCUUUGUGGUGGUCAACCGCAGUGCGUUGCCGGUGCUUCUCGGAUAUUCAAAGCGCAUUUUGUGCGAUGUUUCAUGUGUUUGGGUUGUUGAACGAGAUCAGGCGGCACACCUGAAUGAAUUCAUCAAUGGAUUCAUGCGUGACAGACUUCGCGGUGUUCCAAAGGCGGCUCUCGUGCUGGAAGAACUUACUCCGCAGUACAUGCGUCUCCGCACACAAGGUGGCAAAAGAAACAAGAGCUCGAACCGACACAUCGGGAACCCUGGAGUCGCCGCGAACACCGGUACAGGAGCCGACGGCACCUUCUGGACAGGACACGACGGCAGCACUCUCGCAGGGCCAUCGCCAGCUUCAAUGGGUGUAUUUCUACCAGGUUGGGACUCGCUGAAUCCGUCUUUGCUACGGUUCCAUUCUAAUGCAAACGGUACAGGAGGCCCAUCACUGAUGAAUUCUAUUCCUGGCCUGAAUACUUUUGGCGCCCCACAACCUGGUAUGUUCGGAGGGACUGUGCCGCCUUCCGUCAUUGGGCCUGCACCACCGCUUAAUUUCUACAUGUUUGCUGGACCCCCAGGCACGCUUCCCGCAGUUCAGGUGAACCAGGGUAACAGCAAACCAGCUGCCGCGGCAGCUGGCGCCGUGGGAAAUCCGGGGAUGUCGUUUCCAUCGCCUCUCCAGGAGAGGCUAUUCCGCGGUGGCAAUCCGCCAUCGUUUCCCCAAAAGUCUGAGGGGACGACGUGCUCUAUGUGUUCGACUUCUAUUGGCGUGAUGGACACGGUGUGCAUAUGCCCUUACGACAAUACUGUAUUGUGUAUGCGCUGCAGCAAUAUCCGCGCUGGCCUGGGGGAUGGCUCCAGCAUGGCGAAGGGGAUGACACCCUGCGUGAUGCCCGGGCCGAACUUCGCCGGUUUCCCUCAGAUGUCCCCCUCUAACCCGGCUGUGUUCGUGCCGCCGCACCCCUCGUAUCCCCCGCAGCAGGGCUCCCAGAGGCCGUUGAUGCCCCAUAUGCCGCAGCAGUAA